AUGGCCAAGACCCACAGCCUGGGGCCACAGAGGGAUGGCCAAGUCCCACAGCCCGGGACCACAGAGGGAUGGCCAAGACCCACAGCCUGGGGCCAGAGAGGGAUGGCCAAGACCCCCAGCCUGGGGCCACAGAGGGAUGGCCAAGACCCCCAGCCUGGGGCCAGAGAGGGAUGGCCAAGACCCACAGCCUGGGGCCACAGAGGGAUGGCCAAGACCCCCAGCCUGGGGCCAGAGAGGGAUGGCCAAGACCCCCAGCCUGGGGCCACAGAGGGAUGGCCAAGACCCCCAGCCUGGGGCCACAGAGGGAUGGCCAAGACCCCCAGCCUGGGGCCACAGAGGGAUGGCCAAGACCCCCAGCCUGGGGCCUCAGAGGGAUGGCCAAGACCCCCAGCCUGGGGCCACAGAGGGAUGGCCAAGAACCACAGCCUGGGAUCACAGAGGGAUGGCCAAGACCCCCAGCUUGGGGCCACAGAGGGAUGGCCAAGACCCACAGCCUGGGGCCACAGAGGGAUGGCCAAGACCCACAGCCCGGGACCACAGAGGGAUGGCCAAGACCCCCAGCCGGGGGCCACAGAGGGAUGGCCAAGACCCACAGCCCGGGAUCACAGAGGGAUGGCCAAGACCCCCAGCCGGGGGCCACAGAGGGAUGGCCAAGACCCACAGCCCGGGACCACAGAGGGAGAUGGCCAAGACCCACAGCCCGGGACCACAGAGGGAUGGCCAAGACCCACAGCCCGGGACCACAGAGGGAUGGCCAAGACCCACAGCCCGGGACCACAGAAGGAUGGCCAAGACCCACAGCCCGGGACCACAGAAGGAUGGCCAAGACCCACAGCCCGGGACCACAGAGGGAUGGCCAAGACCCACAGCCUGGGGCCACAGAGGGAAAUCAAUCAAUAUGUAUAG